AUGUCUUCUCCCUCACCCAUCAAUGAUGUCCCACAGCACAUCCAGAAGCUUCUCUCAGAGCUUCACGCCAAGUCCAUAGAGCAGGAGGCCGCCAUCUCCAAGACCGGAAAGGUGUUCUCCUCCGAUGUCCUCGACUACCUGGAGGACCAGCACCAAUCCGUGGCCGACCCGGCGGGCGAGUUCGACAAGCUCAUGCUGGAUAAAUUCAUCGCCCUUGACGAGGACAAGUGUCACUUCGUGUACCAGCUCAUCACCGCCAUGGGCGCCACCAACGUCGUCGAGGCCGGCACGAGCUUCGGCUCUGGAGUCGUCAUUGCGACCGAGAAGGAGGCCCAGAAGGCGGAGGUUGCGCGCGGGUACUGGAGGCAGUGUGGGGCGGCUGUCGAGGGCGAGAUUGAUUUGCGUGUUGGGGACCUGCUCGAGACGCUGAAGGAGGGACUGCCGCAGGUUGACCUGCUGCUGCUCGACAUCUGGGCUCCCCUGGCCUUGCCGACACUCAAAGUUGUUCUUCCUCGUCUGCGGAAGGGCGCGGUCAUCCUGGCCGACAACACCAUAUCUGGUGCCGAGGGGUACAAGGACCUGCUCGCCUUCUUGAGGGAACCACAGAACGGAUUUCAGAACAUGACUCUCCCGUUCACGAAUGGACUGGAGAUGUGCGUUUACUUGCCAGGAUCAGGAUAA